AUGCAGUGGGAAGAGGACUGGAUGACCAUCCAGAGAAAGGAAGAGGAAGAGGAUGAUAUCCUAGAAGAGGUUUGCCCUGAGAAACAAGUCAAUCCGCUUUGUCCAGUGCAUUACUUCUCAAAGAAACAGCAUAAAGAGGAUUGUAGAAGGUGGAGGAAAGCUCUUAUAAUCAAACUUAUGGGCAGAAAAAUUAGAAACCGUUUUUUGAUGACUAGAUUGAAGAACCAAUGGAGACUCGGAGGGGGUAUAGAGGUUGCCGAUCUAGAUAACGAUUACAUACUGAUUAACUUCAAAGAGGAAAAGGACUACCAAAACGUCCUACAUGGAGGCCCCUGGAUAGUGGUGGACCACUACGUGGUAGUGCAGAGAUGGAGGCCAAUGUUUGACCCUUAUGAGGAGGAAGUUACAAGAAUAGUUGUUUGGGUUUGUAUUCCGGGCCUGCCGAUGAAAUUCUACACAACCCAUCACCUAUGGAGAAUAGGUAACCUCUUGGGCAAGACCCUCAAAGUACACAAAAAUCUCCUGAGGAAAUCUAAUGGAAGGGAGGGAGAAUACACAGAGAAAGCCAAGUAUGCAAGGAUUUGCAUCGAGGUUGAUAUGAGGAAAAGCUUCGUAUCCCAAUUUCAGUUAGGAGAACUAGGUGACAAGAUUUUAUAUGUGGCCUAUGAAGGUUUGCAUUUAAUAUGUUUCAGAUGUGGACGCUACGGACACAGACAAGAUAUAUGUAGUGGAGGGAUAUACACAGAGAAAACACCAGAUAUGGUCCAGGCAGGGAUCCAGGUUUAG